AUGAACGCAGAGCUGUCCGAGCGCUUCAAAAGUGUUCGUCACCACUCCAAUGUUCGCAGUGCUCGGGAUAACACCCUCAUUGACGAACCUGGCCCUACCCUCUGUUUGGACAUCCGUGACUAUCACACAAAGCAAGCACGGAUCCAAUCUACCUCUGACAAAGAUGCCUGGCUCUCUCAAGACGAAAUCCCGACAAAGCAGGAGAUGGCUGUCGGAGAAGCUACCCUCCUUGCAAACAAGAUUGAGGGCCCCUACAAGAGCAAGGACAGAUACCUGAAAACUCACCAUGCACUACUCCGGGAGGAUUCCGUCGGCUGCCUCCGUGAUGCGAUCCAGGAAUUUAUUCGGGAUCCCACCACCAGUGACACUAUGAAGUUCUCGGUGUACGAUCAGGUCCACAUUGUUGGUUUUACUUUUGCACGUCGAGGAGUUGCUGCCAGGAUCAAAUUCACCACGCGUCGAGCAGGAAGACGCAUUAAAUGGGCUAACAGUAAAAGACUGGUCAGUGGCAGUAUCGUCGCACUCAUACCAGCUAAAACCAAGACCAUCGAUCUGAACGACAUGGUUGUGGCUGUCAUCGCGGCAAGGCCGCUGGCUGGGUUGUUGUCUGAACCCCCGGAGAUUGACAUUUACUUUGCCCGGCCUGAAGAAAUCCAGCUCGACCCCCAGAAAGAGUGGCUCAUGAUUGAAGCAAAGCAAGGCUAUUUUGAGGCUUACCGUCACACAUUGAAGGCGUUACAAAAGCUUAGCUCAGAGACAUUCCCCAUGAGUGAUCAUAUCUGUCAUCUCUCCCCCUCUACCCAACCUCCUGCCUACAUUCACGAGAACCCUAUUCUCGACUUGAGCGUAGUAGCGGGCCCUGCACAGAAGCAAGAAUACUCCAAAGUCGAUGUAACCAAAGACUGGCCUCCGACUCCCGCAGACUCGCUAGACGACACGCAGUGGGAGGCUCUGAAAGAGAUUCUUACCAAACGACUAGCUAUUGUUCAGGGCCCCCCCGGGACAGGAAAGACAUAUGUCUCGAGAAAAGCUCUUGAAAUUCUGCAUGCGAAUCGGAAGACGGCAUCGGAUCCGCCUAUAGUUAUUGCUGCUCAGACAAAUCACGCUCUUGAUCAGCUGUUGCAGCAUAUCUCUGUCUUCGAGCCCAAUUAUGUUCGGUUGGGAGGCCGCUCUACCAAUCCCGAGGUCCAGAAGCGGGCAUUAUUUGCACUUCAGAAAGCGGAACGACUGAGGCCAGUUCCAGGUGGGUCGUUGGGAAAAGCCAGCAGCCUCCUGAACAAACAAAUCAAUACCAUGACUCAGAUCUUGGAACCUUUUGCCAUGUCAGGGCCGGACCCGUGGUCCACAGAUCAGGUGUCUGGACCUCAGGUUCUCGAAAAGCUAGGAGCUAUCAGCGCUCAACAAGCUCGAUCACUCGAAGAUGGUGCAUCCCAAUGGGUCUCGGCAACCACCGCAGCAGAAGGUCCCUUACAGUUAUGGUUGGAUAAAGCGCUUGUACCAUUCGAGGUCGACUAUACAGAAGAAAACUACGGCUUCGAGGAAGUUGAAGAUAACGAUCUCGAAUUCGAGCAGCUCAGAGAAAACGAGGACUCUACAGGAGUCAAUGAUGAAGAAGACAUUGAGAUGCUCAGAGGCCCGUGGAAAGAACUCCGCGACAGAUUUACUGUUCAGCCUCCUUCAUCAGCCGAUCUUGCUAGAGCGACAAAGUUGCUGGAUACUGUUUCAGAUUUGUGGAAAAUCGGUUAUUACUGGCGUGGUCCUGUUUACCACGUUAUUCAGUCACGAGCCAAGGAUGCGAUUACAGCCAAAUUUCGGGAGGCAGCCGAGAACUACAAUCGGCUCGUCAAAGACUACCUCAUUGGCAAAUGGGAACAAGAUAUCGUUUAUCUCCAGCGAUCUGCCAUCAUCGGUAUGACAACUACUGGAUUGAGCAAAUACAGACCUCUCGUGGCAGCUCUCAAACCAAAGAUUAUCCUCAUCGAAGAAGCGGCUGAGGUGCUGGAAGCUCCUGUCGCGGUCGCAUGCGUGGAAAGCCUCGAGCAUCUCAUCCUGAUUGGAGAUCAUCAACAGCUUCAGGGCCAUUGCAGCGUCAGAGAACUAGAAGGUAACCCUUUCCAUCUGAAUGUGUCACUGUUUGAAAGACUUGUGCGGAACAACAUGUCAUUCAGAAUAUUGCUCCAGCAGCGACGAAUGAUGCCCGAAAUUAGUCGACUCAUCUCCGUUCUCUACCCACAUCUGAAGGACCACCCCAGUGUCAUCGACCGGCCAGUCCAGUCGUGGGGUAUGGGCAAGAUCAAAUCAUUCUUCUUCGACCACGAAUGGUGGGAAGCGAAAGACGAGUCCCUCUCAACGUAUAACUCUGAAGAGGCCAAAUUCAUCGCUGGCUUCUACCUCUACCUUUUCAGGAACGGCAUCAGCCCUUCGCGGAUCACGGUACUGACAUUUUACAACGGACAGCGCAAACGCAUAGUCGCUGAGCUGAAAGCAUUCCCUGAAUUUCGGAACGCUUGCAAGAUGAAUGUGAAAACAGUGGAUUCAUACCAGGGAGAAGAAAACGAUAUUGUCAUUCUGUCUUUAGCCCGAAACAAUGAGGAAGGCAAGAUCGGGUUCUUGUCCAAUGAAAACAGAACCUGUGUAGCUCUAUCCCGGGCGAAAUACGGCUUCUAUCUCUUUGGAAACGCCAGAAUCCUCAUGAACGGAAUCUCUGCCAUCAACACCCACUUGACGGCGUCCAAUGCACGCUCGACUGUCGCGAGACGCUCAUAUGUGGCCAUAGGUGUGGUGGCCGAUGUUCUCAAAUAUGUUUUUGCCCUUGUGAUGAAUUUACCAAGUUCAGGCAAGCUGAAGCAACGACGAGAGGUACCGGUUGCAACGGUCUUUGAUCAGACACUUGCCCGCUUACCUCCGCAGGAUAUCCCUCUCGAGGCUAGAACUGGGGUUGGUCCACCACAUAUCUCAACGUUAGGCUAUCGCAUCGAUGCAUCGCUUCCAACCCGGCCAGAACCGCCAAAGGUUGAUGGCCAACGAGGAACAGGUUGGAGUUCGGCAUCCCAGAAGAAUAAUCAGUCGGACUCUCUGUCUCCGGUCAAGCAAUCUGAGCUCCGGAAAGGCUGGAAAGACUUUGCUAAGGGCGGAUUUGUUGCUGACGACGAACGUCUAAAUUUGCUCACCUCGCAAUCAUCGCCUGGCCAGCAGCGCAGUGAACUCCUUUGGGUCGACACGCCUCCAUCUACGAGGGCUCAUUAUGGACCUCAGAGAAGCUCUCAAAUUAUCCCAAACCAGGAGGAAGCUGCUAUGGCCAUAAGCGAUGGCAGAACGGGAUUCUUGCAAGAAUUGCAAGCCGAGUCGGCGGCACACGAGAACGCGUUGUUGCCCGCCGAGAUUCUUGGUGGUCAACUGGGAGACGAUGUUCAAGCAAAAGUGAUGGGAAAGUCGAAGAAUGACCAGUUGAAAUUCAACUUGAGGCCGAGCAUUGCCAUAGAGCGCAGUAAACUGAGCAUUCUGGAUACGAAACAGCUAUCAGUUAUCAACGCAGAUCAAGCACGACGUGUGCGACUGACGACAGAUCAUGGCGGGGAUGACAAAACCGUCAUUCAUGGACUGGUGGCUGUUGGAGUGAAAGUAGACAACAUGGAAGAAUUCGGUCAACAACAACGGGAAAGCCCAGGCAUGGUCGCCCACGGCAUUGAGCAAGGGAUAUGGCCAGAGUAA